AUGAAGUCGGCGCGCAUGCGUGCGUGCGUGCUUCGCCGCCGGUUUACGCACCCCACACGUAUCCCCAUCUCUCUUCCUUCUCCUCCUUCUCCUCCUUCUCCUUCUCCUCCUUCUCCUUCUCCUUCUUCUCCUUCUCCUUCUUCAUCUUUGUCUACACCCCUUCGCGAGGACGGUCGCGGUUCAAGCAAAGCAUACAAACACGCAAAACCAAAGAACUACACCAAAAGCAAACGAAGCCCGUUUGGGAAAAAUAACACACUCAGAAAUACAACCCAAGAGCGAAACACUUCUCACAUGGCUUGCGCGCCGUCUGUGAAGCUCUCAAACGGGGUCCCCAUGCCUCAGCUUGGCCUUGGCGUGUGGAAAUCCGCGGAGGGCGAGGAGACAGUCCAUGCCGUGAAGUGCGCUAUCAAGGCCGGAUACCGUCACGUGGACACUGCCGCCAUUUACAAGAACGAGAAGAGCGUUGGCAAGGGCAUUGCUGCGUGCGGUGUCCCGCGCGAGGAAAUCUUUGUUACAACGAAGUUAUGGAACGCCGACCAG